AUUCACCAAGUAGAUGCACCUUAGAGAAACUAUGUCCUAUCCCAAGUACAAAAUCUCAGCACAUUAGUGAAACAGACCCAGUAUCAACCCUCUGCAGAGUCUCUAGAAAUCCUUGAUUACUGUAGGAACACCAGGGAUGUACAAAAAUCACACUCCAAUCGAAUUUAGAGGAAGUAAAAUAAGGCCAAUGCUGGGACUUAUGAAAAAUCCCACUCCUCCCACCGCGAUUCCCCGAGCGGAAGGCGUGCUGGGCGGCGAGGGAAGAGAACAGGCGGCCGCUCCCCCUGUGAAACUCUGCAGUCACACUUGUUGGUGUGGGGACAGCCGGAGGCGACAUGGGACUUACAACGCACAGAAGCCAACACGUCCGGGUCCCCAAACAAACGAAUAUGCUGAUGCCCAGCUUCAAGAGCUUGUCAAAAAAUUGCGUGAAAGGGCAAAUGUCUAUAAGGAAAAGCUGAAUGACCCAGUGAUAUCUUCACCUGAAGCAAGCCCUCCAACUUCACCAAAGAAGCCUCCACCCCCACCAAAAAAAGAAGAAAAGAAAGAGGAGGCAGAAGUGAAGCCAGAGGAGGAUCACUACUGUGAUAUGCUGUGCUGUAAAUUCAAAAAACCUCCACUGAAAAAAUACAUGGAGUAUAUGAAGCUGCCAGAUACCAUUGACUCAUACACAGAUCGCCGUUACGUGGCGUGGCUCAUGCUUGUGACCAUUGCCUAUAACUGGAACUGCUGGUUCAUUCCCCUGCGCUACGUGUUCCCAUAUCAAACCCCCAGUAACACGAUCUACUGGUUUGCCAUUGAUGUCAUGUGUGACAUCUGCUACCUGUGCGACCUGGUCAUCUUCCAGCCCCGAGUGCGGUUUAUCAAAGGGGGAGAUAUAAUAGUGAACAGAGCAGAAACAGAGAAAUUCUACCGCAGCACUGUGAAGUUUCGGCUUGAUGUGCUAUCAGUGUUUCCAUUUGACAUUUUAUACUUCUUCUUUGGAUUUAAUCCAGCACUUCGAGCAAACAGGAUGCUAAAGCAUAACACGUUCUUUGAGUUUAAUGAUCGUUUGGAAGCUAUUAUGGAAAAAGCAUACAUCUACAGGGUCAUUAGAACAACUGGAUACUUGCUCUUUAUCUUGCACAUUAAUGCAUGCCUGUAUUAUUGGGCUUCAGACUAUGAAGGAAUUGGCAGCACUAGAUGGGUGUAUGAUGGCGAAGGAAACAUGUACCUGAGGUGUUACUACUGGGCAGUUCGUAGUUUAAUCACCAUUGGUGGCCUUGCAGAACCACAAACGUUGUUUGAGAUCAUUUUUCAACUGCUGAAUUAUUUCAUGGGUGUCUUUGUCUUCUCCAGCUUAAUUGGUCAGAUGAGAGAUGUAAUUGGAGCAGCAACAGCAGGACAGAACUACUUUCGAUCCUGUGUGGACAACACUGUCUCCUAUAUGAACACCUAUUCUAUUCCAAAACUGGUGCAAAAUCGUGUUCGAAUGUGGUAUGAAUACACAUGGGACUCUCAAGGAAUGCUGGAUGAAUCAGAAUUACUGGAGCAGAUGCCAACCAAAAUGCACUUAGCUGUUGCAAUUGACGUGAACUUUGCAAUUGUCAACAAAGUCGACUUAUUCAAAGGCUGUGAUACCCAGAUGAUAUAUGACAUGCUGCUAAGGUUGAAAUCCAUUGUAUAUUUACCUGGUGACUUUGUCUGCAAAAAGGGAGAGAUUGGCAGAGAGAUGUACAUCAUCAAACAGGGUGAAGUUCAAGUCCUUGGAGGCCCUGAUGGUACCAAAGUCCUGGUUACACUAAGAGCAGGAGCUGUAUUUGGGGAGAUCAGCCUACUAGCUGCAGGUGGAGGAAAUCGAAGGACUGCCAAUGUGGUGGCUCAUGGUUUUGCCAACCUUUUCAUUCUGGACAAGAAAACACUCAAUGAAAUUUUGGUGAACUAUCCGGACUCAGAAAAACUUCUCAUGAAGAAAGCAAAGGUGCUGCUGAAGCAGAAGGGGAAACCUCCUCCAGGACCACCAGUGCCACAACCACGGGGCUUGGCCAGUCUCUUUGGGCAGAAACAGGAAACUCCAAAAUUGUUUAAAGCAAUGCUUGGAGGAAAAGGAAAAGAAGGCCUUGCUAAGCUGCUGCAGCUGAAGAAACAACAAGAAACUCAGGAAAAGCCACAGGCAGAUGCUAAGCCUGCAGUUAUGCAGAGAACAACCAGUAAGGAGUCUCUGAUCAUUAGUAUGACUCCAUCCCCCAGAGCAGGAGAAGGAGAGAUACUUAAAGUUGAAAUUAAAGAGAAAGAAAAGAAAUAG